AUGGAGGGUAACUAUAAGGGCAAGGAAGGCAGCGGAGGCGGGACGACUCGAUACCGGGGCGUACGUAGUCGGCCUUGGGGGACAUUUGGGGCCGAGAUACGCGACCCCAACCAGCAAGGAGCUCGUGUUUGGCUUGGAACAUUUAACACCGCCGAGGAGGCUGCUCGAGCUUAUGAUAGAGCAGCUUAUUCCAUGAGAGGUGAAUUUGCGAUUCUUAAUUUCCCGGACGAGUAUCCCAUGGGUGCUAACGCUUACCGCCGUUCGUCUUCAACCGGCUCAUCGUCAUCUUCUUCUUCAGCAAGGGAGAGGGGGAAACAGGUGUUCGAAAUAGAGUAUGUGGAUGAUAAUUUGCUUGAAGAACUUCUUGGAAUUGACGAGAAAAAGAAGAAGAAAACUUGA